AGUGAAGAGCACAUUAUUAAAUAUUUGUUUCCUAUAAACCAAGUAGGAUAAUUACCAGCUCCGCAACUGGGAACUACGGGCAGCAGUGCUGAUCGCCAAGCAGACACCUUAGGCCUGCAGCUGCUUGGCUCUACCACAUUUAAAGGGCCAGCCCCAAGAAAGGCACUUUGGAGAAGAAUUCCUACAGCUGGGCAGACCUGCAUUAGGGAAAUGACAUGGGAACCAAAUUUACAAAGUACCUCAAAAACAGCUGACUUUGAACUCUACAGACAUAAGGAAGAUCAGGCUGAGGACAACAGUAGGUUCUGGAAAGUAGGUUCUGGGGAUAUUCCAGUUCUUUGUUCAAUAUGUCAACAAACAAUAUACCCACAUCAACUUUUUUAUCAUAAAAAAGAGCACAAAGCCCUAGCUCUGCUGGGUUAUCAUCGUCCAUGGAUUGAAACGGACACCAACAAACUUUUACUUCAGCGACAGAAAGUAAUUUCAAAACUGAUCAAGCUUUCUAAAUACACUGAAAGAGACAAACAGAAAAUUGAUUGUUCAUUAGAGCUAUUUAAGAAUAAGUCAAAGGACACCUCAUAUUUUAAUGUUGAUAAUAUUGCUGACAGUUCUGGAUACCUCAAGAGAGUAAGCAACUCUCUAAUAAAAGCAUUAGCAGUUUGCCAAGACAAAAAUUCAACAUGGCGAGCAGAUAUGGAAGAUAUAUUCAUUGUGCUAGAUAAUUUUGGAAAUAGGUCAGAUACGUGUUUUUUGGGCUUAUUCGAUGGCUAUCAUGGUGUGUUUGCUGCUGAGACAGUUUCAGCAGAGCUCCCACUUUUAUUUCUUGACCAACUGUCUCACACUGAUUCCUCUUACAAAGUGAGUAGAAAUGAGGAACAGAUCCUAGAUUCUUUUGUCACAGUAAUCAAGGGAAAUUACAGGGAUCAGGAAAAGGUUUUCUCUGGUAAAACAGACAGUGAUAAGACAACCAAGCCCAACACUUAUGAAUGGAUUCACAAAGCAUAUGCAAAGUCUUUUUGGAGAAUGGACAGACUUUUACAACUUGGAAGGAAUGAGGUUUCCAAAGUUCGCUGGAGUAGCUGUACAGCUGUUACCUGUUUAGUGGAAAGGAUCAGUAAUGAAAAGAGCAUCAAGGAACAAGAGCCGACAAUGCUGCUUGAAACCAACACUAAUAAUUCAGCAAAUCCAUCCGAAAGCAGUACUGGGAUACUGCAUAUUGCUAAUAUUGGUAAUAUACAUGCAGUCUUAUGCAAAAAUGGAAAAAGCUACUGCCUUACCAAAGAACACAGCACUUCUAAUUCCAAGGAAAGAGACCGUAUACUUCAGAAUGGUGGAAACAUCAGCACAAAUGAACCAAAAGGACUAGUUGAAGGGCUCAUCAGAGCUACUCGUGGCCUUGGACAUCACGGAGAUCCAAAGCUGAAAAAAUCUGUUAUUCCUGUACCACAUACCAUAUCUGUCCCUACAGAUGAUUCAUGUCAAUUCCUUAUUUUAGCUUCUAAUGGGCUUUGGGAAGUUCUGGAUAAAAAUGAAGUGGUUAUAUUAACUCUAAGAAUGUUCACCUCUUAUUUGGAAAUGUAUGUCCAGCAAGAAGAUAUUUCUAUGCACAGAUAUCAGUAUUCAGUAGUUCCCUAUAAAGACUAUUUAUGUAGUUCAAUGGAUAUUAAUGACCUAGAAGACAGAAUCCAAUUAUGGUAUUUUAAUAAAGAAGCUUUCCUCCAGAAUCAACAUGAAGGCACUCUGAAACAAUAUAAUAAAAAAUCAUGCUCAUGUAACAGAAGAGAUUCGCAAAAUGAAAACAGGAUGCAGCCAGGCUCUAACAAAGAGAGUUCUGAAGAAGUGCAGCAGUUAGAGGAUCACGUAAAACAAGCUGAUACCAAAGCUUGUCUGUCUAAUAAUCAUGGAACAUGUUCACAACACACAGAGAUAAUCCAGUCAGCCUCUGGCAGUCAAGAAGGUUUUGAAGAAUUGAAACAGUUUGACGAUGAUACAAAAACAUAUCUGUCUAAUAAUCGUGGAUCACAUUCACAAAUUGCCAGCAAAGGAGAAAUAAACUCGGCAACAUUCUAUGACAGUGCAGCAAAUUACAUUAGUAAACAACUGGUAAAAACUGCAUUAGCAGCAGGUUCUCGAGAUAAUAUUACUAUUUUGGUUGCACUUCUAAAUGGAUGUGAUAAGAUACCUAAUUAUAUUCAAAAUGUGUAAUGUGCUUACCGGACAGAGUACCAGAGUGUGUAAAAUAUACCCUAGAUUUAGGCAAGUCAAGUUACAUGAGUCUUAAAGUGUCAUCCUCACCUGGUCAACCCAUUUUGGGGCAAAAGUCAUUUUCUGUAAUUAUGUGAAAGCACUAACUGCUAAAAUUCAAUAAAGAUUUCUUGUUGAA